CCCGCGCGCCGACGCCGUCGCAGCAGCUCCGACGCCGUCGCGGCAGCUCUCCAGCGCCGACGCGCCGCAGCUACACACGACCACAACAGCUCUCUCGCGCGCCGACGCAUCGCUGCUCGCCGUCGCAGCAGCAGCCGCCGCCAGCGCCGGUACAUGCUCCCGCGCCUCCUGUGCAUGUUCACGGCGGCGCGCGCCUUCCCAUCCCUGCGCAACACGGCCGGACCCGCGACGCGACGCAUGGCGACGGGCCUCGGCGCCCAGGAGCGCUUCCUCUUCGACCUCAACGGCUACCUCGUCAUCCGCGGCGCGCUCUCCGGCGACGAGGUCGCGGCGCUCAACGGCGUCGUCGACGCGCACGCGCACGAGGCCGUCGCGCGGACCGCGGCCCUGAAGAACGCCAGGGAGGACGGCGCCUUCGGCGCCGCGGGCGCGCGCCGCGACCUCGGCGGCAUGCUCGGCUGGGACGACGGCGACCCGUUCCGCGGCCUGCUGGCGCACCCGAGGAUCGCGCCGUACCUCGCGGCGUUGCUCGGCGACGGCUACCGCCUCGACCACCAGCCCAUGGCCCUGCUGCAGGACGCGGGCAGCGAGGGCUUCGGCCUCCACGGCGGCCCGCUCACGGGCGCCGGCGACCUCAACCCGGAGCUCCAGUACCGCUGCGUCAACGGCAAGCCCUGGAACGCGCUCGUCGCCAUGGCCGCGCACCUCGUCGACGCGCCGGACGGCGCGGGCGGCUUCUGCGUCGUCAAGGGCUCGCACAAGCUCAACUUCCCCGUGCCCCCCGAUCUCGCCGCGGGCGCCGACUCGGAGUUCGUGCGGGAGCACGUGGCGCAGGUGCCCACGAAGGCGGGCGACGUCGUCCUCUUCAGCGAGGCGACGGUCCACGGCGCGCUGCCCUGGACCAUGCCCUACGAGCGGCGCCUGGCCCUCUACCGCUUCUCGGGGCCCAACUACGCCUACGGCCGCGCGUACCUCAACGAGUGGUCGGGCGCCGCGGCGAAGUGCACGCCCCAGCAGGCCGCGGUGCUCCUGCCGCCCUUUGCGCCGCGCCUCGAGCGGCCCCUGACGACGGGCGCCGGCGACGCGGGGCCCGAGCCCGUCGUCCGCGCGCGCGCGCCCGCGAAGAAGGCCCACGACGUCGCCGCGAGCGAAUACCACCACCUCUGCAAGGGCGACGUCGUCUGCGGCCUCCUGGAGGCCUUCAAGACCCGGACGCUCCACUACGACCAGGACAAGAAGCGCAUGUCGAUCAAGGAGACCUCGACGGCGAAGGACUCCGGCUCCGUCGAGAACAUCAUCGAGUCCCUCAUCGCCGCCCGUUGGCGGCUGAUGGCGAACGGCGAUUCGGCGAAGACGGACGACGGCGCCGCCGCUAAGGGCGCCGAGCCCAAGAAGGAGCCCGAGGCCUCCAAGUGGGGCGACGACGAGGAGGAGGAGACGGCGCCGCUCAAGUCCGAGAACGGCUCCGCCGGCGCGAUGAAGAAGACGGGCUCCUGGGCCGCCAUCGCGAAGACGGGAGCGCCCGAGGAGGACGAGGCCGCGCCGCCGCCGCCGCCGGUCGAGCGGACGCCGUCGGACAAGACCAAGUCGCCGCGCGACAAGGGCGGCAAGGGCGAGCGCGGCCCGGGCCGCGGCAAGGACGCCAAGGGCGACGGCCGCGGGACGCCCCGGGCCAAGGGCGAGGGCCGGGGCCGCGCGCGCGCGGACGACGGCAAGCUGCUGAGCGAGCAGCCCGGGUCCGCGAACCGCCGGACGCGCGGCACGGGCACGGGCGAGCGCCACGCCGGCACGGUGGUCUACAUCUGCGCGUCCUACGGCUUCAUCCGCAUGGACACGAGCGACGGGGCCAAGGAGGAGGACGUCUUCAUGCACCUCGUCGACGUCGACUUCGCGCCGACGAUCAAGGAGCGCGUGACGUUCGAGCUCGCGCGCUUCCGGGAGCGGAACAAGGCCGUCGAGGUGCGCCAGUGCGAGCCCGGCGCGAAGCGGUCCCCGCCGGCCAAGGCCAAGGCGUCCGUCGAGGACCCCGCGAAGGAGUGGCCCAAGGCCGAGCGGCUCGCGCUCGCGGCGGACCUCGUCGCGUGGCUCGAGGGCGGCGCGCCGCCGGGCGCCCUCGAGGCGCCGGGCGAGCUCCUGCUCGCGUCGGACGACGUCGCGCGCUUCUUCGACGCCCACGCGGGCCACGCGGCGGCGGUGACGCGGUCGACGCUCGCGCCGUCGCUCGCGGUCAAGCGCGCGAUCCGCGAGCAGGGCGUCGCGGGCGUCGCCGGCCGCGUCCUCGAGCUCGCGCCGGUCCCCAACGGCUGCAACGCGGGCAUCGUCAAGGUCGGCACGCGGGCCGCGCGCGCGGCGAAGCGCGACGGCGACAAGCCCGCGGACGAGCGCAAGCCGGCGAACCCGCUCGGCCGCGCGCCGCCGCCGCGGCGCGCGCUGCCGGCGUCGGCGUCGCGGCCCGUCGUCGCCGUCGCCGAGGGCGGCAGCUCCUGGGCGUCCCUCGUCGGCGGGCCCGCCGCGGGCGCCGCGGCGGCGCCCGCGGCCGGCGCCGAGGAGUCGAAGGCGACGGAGGAGGCGGCGGCGCCCGCGCCGGCCGCCGACGACCCGCCGCCCCUCGAGGACGCGCCCGCGCCGGCGCCCGCGCCGGCGGCGGCGCCGGCGGAGGAGGCCGAGGAGGCGCCCGCGGAGGAGGCGGCGGCGGCCGACGACGCGAAGCCCGCGGCGAAGCCGGCCAUGGGCGCGUGGGCGCGCAUGGCCGCGCCGACGGCGGACCAGUCGUCGCGCCUCGUCGCGAGCGAGCUGCGGGGCUGGAUGCAGGCGACGGGCCGCAAGGAGCUCGCGGCCGGCGACCUGCCCCUCUUCCGCGCGGCGUGCCCCAACAACGCGGGCGCGGACCUCGCCGAGGCCUGCGGCGCGUCCGCCGGGGCUUUGGAGUACGUCGGCGGCGACGUGGUCUGCCGCCUCAAGGCGGGCACCUACGCGAAGCCGCCGCCCGCGCCGCCCGCGGCGCCGCCGCGGCGGCCGGCGGCCGACGACGGCAAGGCCGAGCGGAAGCCGCGCGAGCCGCGCGAGCGCAAGCCGCCGCGCGAGCCGCGGACCGGGCCCGCGGCGGACAAGUUCAUCGUGCGGCGCCUGCGCACCAUGUUCCUCGGCGGCCUGCGCUGGGACGAGGGCAAGGGGCCCGCGACGGACGCGGAGCUCGGCGACGACGUCCGCGGCCUCCUCGGCCGCGCGGGCCACGGCGCGGGGCUCAUCGGCCUCCACGUCCAGCGCGACCGCCAGCUCGCCUACGCCGAGUUCGCCGACGACGCGACGAUGCAGGCCGCGCUCGACGCGUGCCGCGGCACGAAGCUCCGCGGCUGCGACGUCCGCUGGGACGUCGCCAAGGCGCUCCCGCCGGCGAUGAUGCCCGACCGCCCGCCGCCGCGCGCGCCGAAGCGCGCGCCCGCCGGCGACAAGGGCCCGCGCCGCGCCAAGGGCGACCGCCCGGGCACGCCGCGGCCGCGCACGCCGCGCGGCGACAAGCCCGGCGACAAGCCCGCGGACGCCGCCGCCGCGGCGCCCUGGCGCACGCUCACCUGGUGCGCGAAGGCGCUCUGCUCGCGCCGCGCGGACAGUUCCUCCAUGCGCCGCGCGAACUGCGCGCGCGCGUCGGCCCGCCGGUCGCCGGCGCUCGGCUCGGGGGCCUCGGCGACGACCAUGGACGGCGGCGUCACGGCGGCCAUGUCGGGCAUCUGCGCCCGGACCUGGGCCGCGGACACGCGCGGCGGCGCCGGCGCCGUCGGCAGCGGCGGCAGCGGCACGUCCGGCGGCGCCGCGAGCGGCGGCGCCGCCGCGGGCGGGAGCGGCGCCGCCGGCGACCCGUCCGCCGGCGGCGGCGGCAAGGCGGGGUGGACGACGUCCAUCAUCCCGGCCGGCGGCAAGACGUCCAUCAUCGCGCCGGCGUCGCCCGGCGACCGGCCGAAGAAGCGGCCGAAGAAGCGCCACUUCAUGGAGAUGGCGCAGCUGCCCGGCCGCUGGGACGGCCACCGGGCCUACGUGAGCCGCGUGCUCUGCGGCCAGGACUGCGGCGAGGCGGCGGCGCCCGGCGGCCUCCUCGACGCCGCCGCGGAGCUCGCGACGGCGUGCCUGCCCUACCUGGACCGCGUCCACGUCGACUUCUGCCUCUCGGAGAAGGGCACGGCGGCCUUCGUGGCCCACACGGUGCCCGAGCCCGGCGCCGUCGGCGACGACGCGGAGGAGGUCGUCCUCGGCGGCGCGUGCGCGCGCCGCGCGGCGCCCGCGCUCUUCCAGGUGUCCUUCAUCUGCGUCGAGCCCGAGUCCAAGGGGCGCCACAUGGGCGCCCACCUCCUCAAGCGCCUCUUCUCCCACGCGCGCAAGUACAAGGUGUCCCACGUCGCCACGUACGCGGACCACGGCGCCGUCGGCUUCUUCCUCAAGCACGGCUUCGCCAAAGUGUCCGCGGCCGACUUCCCGCCGGGCCUCUACGACCGCCUCGACCACUACUCGGAGUCGCAGCUCGUCCUGGCGACGCUGGACUUCCCGGGCGCGGAGCGGCGCCGCUGGGCGUCGCCCGCGUCGUCGCCGCGCGCGGCCGCCGCCGACGACGCGGCCGCCGUCGAGGAGGAGGCCGCGGCCGCCGUCGCCGAGGAGCCCGAGUUCGACCUCGACGACGUCAUCGACGCCGCGGUGCUCGCGGCGCCGGGCGCGUCGGCGCCGGGCGCCGCGCCGUGGGCCGCGCCCGACUGGGCCGAGCCCGCGUGGGCGGAGCCCGAGGCCGCGCCGGCGUGGGCCGCGCCGCCGGACCGCGCCGAGGCCGCGCCGGCCUGGCCGGAGAAGCCGGACCGCGCCGAGGCCGAGCCGGCCUGGCCGGAGAAGCCGAACCGCGCCGAGGCCGAGCCGGCCUGGCCGGAGAAGCCGAACCGCGCGCUGCUCGCGCUCCGCGACACGCUCGCGUCCGGGUCCAAGGACGCGGCGCCGUCGACGCUCGGCGCCGCGCCGCCGCGCCGCGCGCCGUCGCCGCGGCCGGCGCCCGCCGCCGCGCCCGCGGACCCGUAUCCCAUCGUCGUGCUGCCGCCCAUCCCGCGCAAGGCGCCCGUCGACGCCGCCGCCGUCGCCGCCGCGGACGGCGAGCCCGAGCCCGCCGCCGGCGGCGACGACGCGGGCGACGACCCCGCGAACGUGUCCAACGGCGAGGAGAGCGAGCGCUGCGUCGCCAAGCACCGCGCGAAGCUCUUCGUGCUCGAGAAGGGCGACGACCGGCCCGCGUGGAAGGACCGCGGCGUCGGCGCGCUCAAGGUCCUCGAGGCCGCGCCGCCCGCGGACGAGGCCGUCGCGAAGAAGCGGGGCCUCGACGGCUCCGUGCGCGUCGUCAUGCGCCGCGAGCAGAUCCACUCGCUCAUGCUCAACGUCAAGGUGGGCAAGCCGCCGCACGCCACCGUCGCCAAGCACGGCGAGACCGCGCUCCGCGUCGCGGCGAUGACGUCCGCGACGGAGACCGCGACCUACCUCAUCCGCGUCAAGACGGCCGAGGAGCGCGACGGCCUCUUCGACGCCCUCGGCGGGGAGGCGGCCCCCGACGAGUGAGCGCCGCCGGGCGGCGGGGCCCGCGCGAGUAAC